AAGUUAUUAGUUAAUUAAAUAUUUUUUAGUUUGUCCCAAUAUGCGUUUUUUAAACUUUUAAUUUUUGGAAACAAACAUGUACCAGAUGAAUAUCAAGCAAAUAAAUAACUCCUUAUAUCACAAACGUCUUAUCAUUUCAAAAAACAACAUAUUUUUUUUAAUAAAGAUAGAUAAUUGCAUUGAAGGUUAUCGAUAACAACAGUAAAUACAUUGAUAUUACUCUAAAAGUUUGACAUACGUAACUGUUGAAUGUACAUAUUUUUACUGCCUUUAUAAUUAAAAUGUCUUCACGUAAAAGAGUGUUUGAUUUACUGAGAACAAUAAAUAUUGCAUCGAUUACACAAUAGGAUGUGUACAAAGUUUGAGGUCAACUACAGUAAUGCCAUACAAAACCAAGUUGUCAAUGCCCGGCUCAUGGAUAUAGAGGAAAUGUUCAAGUUUCAAGCACUACACCUAGUAAAGAUUAUGCUUUCGAGAUAAAAUGUUCGACUGUACGGUAUGGAUUAGGUGUGACAAAGGAAGUUGGUAUGGAUUUGGUUAAUUUAGGGGCCAAAAAUGUUUGUGUUAUGACAGACCCUAAUGUAGUAUCCCUGAGUCCUAUGAAAGCAGUUUUGGAUUCUCUUGUCAGUAAUGGUAUAAGCUACAGUGUUUAUGAUCAAGUUCGUGUGGAGCCUACGGACACAAGUUUGAAACAUGCAAUAGAUUUCGCGAAGCGUGGCGACUACGAUAGCUAUGUGGCUGUGGGGGGCGGGUCCGUAAUGGACACGUGCAAGGCUGCCAACCUUUACGCUUGCAAUCCGGACGCCGACUUUCUGGACUAUGUCAACCAGCCAGUAGGCAAAGGCAAAACCACCAUGGAGCCACUCAAGCCUGUCAUAGCAAUACCAACUACCAGUGGAACUGGUAGUGAGACGACAGGAAUGAGUAUAUUCGAUUAUGAAGAGAUAAAAGCAAAGACAGGUAUCGCACACAGCGCGUUACGGCCACUCCUGGCGCUGAUAGAUCCUCUGCACACACUAAGUGUACCACAAACUGUGGCAAACUACGCAGGUUUUGACAUCUUCUGUCAUGCGCUGGAGAGUUUUACGGCUAUACCAUAUACAGAGCGAGGCCCUGCUCCGUCCAAUCCCGCUCUGAGACCAGUCUAUCAGGGCAGUAACCCUAUAUCAGAUGUUUGGGCUAGAUUCUGUCUUCAGUGCCUUAACAAGUACUUCGAGCGGUCAGUAUACAACUCGGAGGACAUAGAGGCACGUUCUAGUAUGCACUUAGCGGCUACCAUGGCCGGCGUGGGCAUUGGCAACGCUGGCGUGCAUCUCUGCCACGGACUAGCUUAUCCCAUCGCUGGGAAUGUCAAAGAUUACGUCCCGAAGGAUUACGGUACUGAGCCAAUGAUACCGCACGGUUUAGCGGUAGUACUGACUGCGCCAUCGGUAUUCCGCUUCACCGCGGCAAGUGAUCCCGACAAGCAUCUGGAGGCGGCGGCCAUAUUGGGCGCUGACGUCACGGGCAAGAAGCAAGCCGACGCUGGGCGAGUACUCUCCGAUACUAUAUUAAAAUACAUGGAUGUAAUGAAAGUGGAGAAUGGCUUGAACGCGAUCGGGUACUCCGCACAAGAUAUACCGCAGCUAGUGAAGGGAGCUUUACCGCAGCAUCGUUUGCUAAAGAUCGCUCCGAUCCCACAAUCAGAAGACGAUUUAUCAAAAAUUCUCGAAGAUUCGCUGACACUCUACUAAUUAUUUAUACAAAAGGAAACUUGGUAUUCGAAAAUGUUUAUCUUAUAUGCUAAAACUUUAAUAAAAGAAUUCACAAUUUA